UCAUCUUCUUCUUCCUCGUCAACAAUAAAAAAUCCCAAAAAAGACAGAAAGAAAGUCUUGUUUGACCAGCACAAGAGCCUCCUCUCCUUCUUCCCCUCUUCCUCUUAUCUGCUCCCACCUUUCCUGCAAAUCAAUGUCAUUCUUAUUCAAUUUUAACAACCCCUUUAUAUACACGCCCCCUUUCAUUCAUACCAUGAUCCCUUGAUCCCUUAACACACUAAACAAAACAAAUCAUGGGUUCUUGUUUCUCCACCAAGAAAAUUACUGGGUCAAGCAGUAACACAACAAACACAAACACCCAUGUCAAAAAGCCUGCGUCUUCAGCAACAAGCACAAGCGCCACCACUAAAUUGACUUAUAGAAACAAUAAUAAUAAGAAUAAGAAUAAGAAUGAUAAUGAUCACAGAAAUCAGCAGCUGAUUAGGCAUAGAGAUAAGGCCAGUUCCAGGAAGCAGAAUGGGGUGAUCCCGUGUGGGAAGAGGACGGAUUUUGGGUAUGAUAAGGAUUUUGAUUUGAGGUAUAGUAUUGGGAAAUUGUUGGGCCAUGGCCAAUUUGGGUAUACUUAUGUGGCGGUGGAUAGGAGUAAUGGCGAUCGUGUUGCGGUCAAGAAAAUCGAUAAGAAUAAGAUGAUCCUUCCUAUAGCUGUUGAGGAUGUCAAGCGAGAAGUCAGGAUUUUAAAGGCCUUAAGUGGCCAUGAGAAUGUGGUUCAGUUCUAUAAUGCCUUUGAAGAUGACUCAUAUGUUUAUAUAGCUAUGGAUCCCAAAUAUUACUUCUUAAGGUUAUGCGAGGGUGGUGAAUUGCUGGAUAGAAUUUUAGCCAAAAAAUCCAGCCGUUAUACAGAAAAGGAUGCAGCUAGAGUUGUAAGACAGAUGCUAAAAGUUGCAGCUGAGUGUCACUUGCAUGGUUUGGUGCACCGUGAUAUGAAACCAGAAAAUUUCCUUUUCAAGUCACCAAAAGAUGACUCAGCAUUGAAGGCUACUGAUUUUGGUCUCUCAGAUUUUAUAAGACCAGGAAAGAAGUUUCAAGAUAUAGUUGGUAGUGCAUAUUAUGUUGCUCCAGAAGUUUUGAAACGAAAAUCGGGUCCUGAAUCAGAUGUGUGGAGUAUUGGUGUAAUUACCUACAUUUUACUUUGCGGACGGCGUCCUUUCUGGGAUAAAACAGAGGAUGGCAUCUUCAAAGAGGUUUUAAGAAACAAGCCCGAUUUUCGUCGAAAGCCAUGGCCAACCAUAAGCAAUGGAGCAAAAGAUUUUGUAAAGAAAUUGCUCGUAAAGGAACCUCGGGCAAGAUAUACUGCAGCUCAAGCUCUAUCACACCCGUGGGUAAGAGAAGGGGGCAAUGCCUUGGAGAUUCCUCUGGAUAUAUCUGUCCUAUACAACAUGAGGCAAUUUGUGAAGUACAGCCGCUUGAAGCAAUUUGCACUUCGGGCAUUGGCUAGUACUCUUGAUGAAGAGGAGCUUGCUGAUCUCAGGGAUCAGUUUCAUGCAAUUGAUGUGGAUAAGAAUGGUGCAAUCAGUCUUGAAGAAAUGAGACAGGCACUUGCUAAAGAUAUUCCUUGGAAAGUGAAAGAAUCACGUGUCCUGGAAAUUCUUCAAGCGAUGGACAGCAACACUGAUGGCCUAGUUGAUUUUCAUGAGUUCGUUGCAGCCACUCUUCAUGUCCAUCAACUGGAGGAACAUAAUUCAGAAAAGUGGCAACAAAUAUCACAUGCUGCUUUCGAAAAGUUUGAUGUUGAUAAAGAUGGGUAUAUAACUGCUGAAGAGCUUAAGAUGCAUACGGGAUUAAGAGGAUCCAUAGACCCACUUUUAGAGGAAGCUGAUAUCGACAAAGAUGGGAAAAUAAGUUUGUCCGAGUUUCGGAAGCUUCUUAGAACUGCAAGCAUGGGUACGAGAAAUGUAAAUAGUCCUGCUGCCCAUCGAGGAUCUCGGAGACAAUAGAACAUAUUCAGGUACCUGAAAUCUAUGACAGAAUGAGAUUUUAGAGUUCUUUUUUUAAGAAAUUAUUCAGUGAAAAGUGUGUAAACGUAUAGGGCUGCAUCGUGUUGAGGUAGGUAGUGAGUGAUCAUCCAUCUAGCAAAGUACAUUUCUUGUAGAGUUGCUUAUUGAUUAUGGUUGUGUAUGCAAACGUCUUUCGUUGUGGCAGCAAAAAUUGCAUUGUACAUUUUCUUGAUGUUUUCAGCUCCUGGCAACAUGUAAAGUGUGAUUAUAAAUAAAAUCCUAGUGAGAAUUGGCUGUA